AUGCCGAACAACACUCAAGGGCAAAACGCCCAGCAACAAUCUACCACUCAAAAUGGAUUCGGAAAUCUCAAUCUUUCAAUCGUUGGACUGGGAGUCGAAUACCCUCCAUUCUUACUGGCGCCUGCAGAUCUAGAUACUCUAACCAAACGUCACUAUCCGGACUCUCCAGCAAUGAAAAAAGUCUGCACAAUCAACAAUUAUACCGGCAUCGAAACCCGCUCCGCAAUCGGUACCGUCGACCACCCCAUGGCGAACAUGGACCGCGCCCCCACAAUUGCCGAACUGUGUUCCAUCUUCCUCAAAGACGGCGUUGCCCUCGCCGUAACCGCCUGUCGCAAAGCUCUCCACGAAGCCCAUCUCCUCCCUUCCGACAUCACCCACGUAGUCAGCACAACAUGCACAAAUAGCGCGAAUCCCGGGUACGAUCAUUUCGUGUGCAAAGCUCUAGGAAUAACACAACCGGUUGAAAAAGUUCUACUCCAUGGAAUCGGAUGUAGCGGUGGUUUGGCAAGCUUACGAACCGCGGCAAACUUAGCAUUGGGACAUAGUUUUCGAGGGAAAAAAGCAAGAGUUUUGGUCAUGGCAUUGGAAAUUAGUUCGUUAUUGGUAAGAAGUGAAUUGGAUAGUGUACAUGAAUUGCAGGAAACGAGAAUUGGUGUUACGCUCUUUAGCGAUUGUGCGAGUGCGUGUGUACUCAGUAAUGGGAUUGGUGGCACGGGAGAGGAGGAAAGUGUCUAUGAUUUGUUGGGGUGGGAACACAAGAUGAUUCCAGAUACGGAACAUGAUCUAGGGUUUGAUGUUGAUCCGCUUGGCUGGAAAGUGAUCCUCUCCCCACGCGUCCCUAAACUAGCCGCCGAAGCCGUCUCACCCGGCUACCAUUCCCUGAUUUCCAAUCUCCCCUCCCUCCCCUCCGAAUACCGUAGUCCCUCUGACUUCGACUGGGCACUCCACCCGGGAGGUGCCACCAUUCUCACCGGCGUCGAAAAAGCCAUGGCCAUCUCCCCCGAACACAUGCGGGCUUCCUACGAUACCUACAUGAAACACGGCAAUUCCUCCAGCGCCACAAUUUUUAGCGUUCUAGAUCGUUUACGCUGUAAAGACAUGGAUGGUCUUACACCCAAUAACAGGGGACCCAAAGAAAUGGUCGUAGGAUGUGCAUUCGGUCCCGGUAUUGCGGUGGAAAUGUGCAUGUUGAAGAGGAAUGUACAUCAUGUGAAACGAGAGUGGGAUGGCGGGGUACAGAGCGGGGUAGGUGGGGAAGUUACACCGCCUUUAACGGAGAGUGAGGGAACGAGGAGUGUGGGUGAGAGUGAGGGAGAGGUGGAGGUAGAAGAUUUGCAGAAGGUGAAAGAGGAGGGGGAGAAGCUGGAUCAGAAAUUAAAAAUGGUGGAGCCGGAGGUUUUGGAACAAAAUGCAAAAUUGGGGGAGGAGGGAAAGGGAAAUGAGAAGGAGACAUUGCACAGUUUGGAAGAGGCGAUGGAUGGGGUUGAGCUGGAUUGA